CCCAGUGCUCUUCUAUAGUUCUAGGUAUUCUGUCUGAUUUUGAAGUAGCCUUGCCUAGCCGGGUCCGGGCUCAUUGCAGUCGCUCGAUUCACGAAAUUCGGUCGAUAAUUUCGGCUAAUUCGCAGUUUUGCUCCGCAGCGAGGAGGACGAUCCACUCACGAUCCGCUGCACUCCUUUCAACAAUUAUUGUUUGUUGUUUUUUUUUAGUUAAUUUUGUUCUGUUUUUGUUGUGUUAAAAGUUAAUAGUUAAUGAAUAUGCAUCCGUUAUGGUUCAGUGCCAUGGCGGCGACGCUGGUAACGCUUCUUGGCCACACGAUUGCCUCCACUGAAAACAGCAACUCCACGCUAGUCCUCCAGCCAAAGGUUGUCGGUGGCACGGGCGUCGACAUUAGUGUGGCACCGUACACGGUCUCCGUACGUUUGACGUCCCGGGAUCGUCGCAAGUACGGAUCGGGCCACAUGUGCGGCGGUGUGCUCAUCUCCCAGCGCCUGGUGGCCACGGCCGCCCACUGUUGCUACAACUCAGACACCAAAGAAUAUCGUGCGGCCGGCGAGUACGUGCUGGUCAUGGGCAGCACCUAUCUGUCGAGCAAAACCAACGAGACGCUGGCGUACUAUGUGCAGCAGCUGAUCGUUCACAGCAGCUACGACCACGGCACGCUGACCAACGACAUUGCGCUGAUGUUCAUCAAUGGCUACGUGCCGUGGACAUGGCCGACAGCCAAGGCUCUGCCACUCAACGAUCAGUCCCUGGCUGUGGCCACUGCGUGCGUCAUCACCGGCUGGGGCGUUCGCAUUUCCGGCGGCUCUAGCAGCGAUGCGCUGCAGACGGCCACCGUGCCAACGGUCAGCUAUCCGACCUGCUACCUGGCCUACCCCCCCUACGUGCCGAGGUCCCAGAUCUGCGCAGGGUACACGAGCGGCGGCGUUGAUGCGUGCCAGGGCGACUCCGGGGGACCGCUGAUGUGCAACAAUCGGCUGUCUGGGCUCGUGUCCUACGGCGAUGGCUGUGGCAAGCCCAAUGUGCCCGGCGUCUACACCAAUGUGUCCUACUUCCAAGGCUGGAUUGUCCAGCAGAACAACUCGCUCAACUAUUCGAUAUAUCGCAAUGGCGGCGCCCAUAGCCAAGGCUACACAGCCCUUGCGCUGCUGUCCACCCUGUUUGUAGCUGCUGCUGGAUCACUGCGAAUGAGGGGGUGACUCCCACGAGACUGGGUAUUAUCGAGAUCUUAAAUAGUUGUAUUAAUGUAGGAAAAUAAAUGAAUUUACUUAACGUA